UUUGAUAUUUCAAUUGUGAAGCCAACUGAAUUUAUACAGUAUGGAUUAGCUUGCUUGGAGAAUCUGGCUGCUCUUGGUGACAAUUGUGCAAAAGAGACUCGCGAAAAAAUGAGGGUUAUGGUUGCAGGGGGUGAUGGUUCAGUGGGCUGGGUUCUAGGAAGUCUUGCUCAACUUUAUAUGCAGAAUCGAUUGCCAAUUCCUCCAACUGGAAUCAUUCCACUUGGUACGGGCAAUGACUUGUCUAGAAGUUUUGGUUGGGGUGGUUCAUUUCCUUUUGCAUGGAAAUCUUCUGUCAAGAGAUCUCUACAUAAAGCUGUCACAGGUCCAGUUUGCCGUCUUGAUAGUUGGCAUAUUGUGGUCUCAACGCCAGCUGGAGAAAAUAUAGAGCUGCCGUAUUCUCUGAAGUUUACAGAGGAAUGUUCCCUUGAUCAGGAUUUAGUCGUUGAAGGGGAGUUGCCUGAAAAAUCUACUUGCUUUGAAGGCGUGUUUUAUAAUUAUUUUAGCAUAGGAAUGGAUGCCCAAGUUGCUUAUGGGUUCCACCAUUUACGUAAUGAGAAACCGUAUCUUGCACAUGGUCCUAUAGCAAAUAAGAUGAUCUAUUCCGGAUAUAGUUGCACCCAGGGUUGGUUCUGCACACCUUGCAUCAGUGAUCCAAAUUUAAGGGGACUCAGGAAUAUUCUACGUAUAUAUAUUAAAAGGGUCAAUUGUUCAGAAUGGGAGCAGAUUCGAGUUCCUUCGAGUGUUAGGGCAAUAGUUGCUCUAAAUCUUCAUAAUUAUGGGAGUGGAAGGAAUCCAUGGGGUAAUCUAAAGCCAGAGUAUUUGGAAAAGAGAGGCUUUGUUGAGGCCCAUGCAGAUGAUGGCCUUCUUGAAAUCUUUGGCCUAAAGCAAGGAUGGCAUGCUUCAUUUGUCAUGGUGGAGCUCAUCUCUGCCAAACAUAUUGCACAGGCUGCUGCACUUAGGCUAGAAAUCAGAGGUGGGGAGUGGAGAAAUGCUUAUAUGCAGAUGGACGGGGAACCAUGGAAACAGCCAAUGGACAGAGAAUAUUCAACAUUUGUGGAGAUAAAGAGGGUCCCUUUUCAAUCGCUAAUGAUAAAUGGGGAGUGAUUUUUCUGGCAUUGAUUUAGUUUAUAUAUUGAAGUGAGUUCAAAAUUAAAAUUGAUUUUGGACACCAUGUAAAGCCAUUUGAAAUCUCCCGUGGGCUUGUAAUUAAUGUUCUGCUGCUUAAUUGGCUAGUUUCUCAAAUACUGUUGUACUUUAUUUUAUUUUAUUUUUUGUGAGUUCUAUAUAUUUCUAUUUAAUUUUAGCAAAGAACAACUUCUAGUAAA